AUGGACUCAAGCGGAAGCACGCAACUGGCGAUACACACCUUCAACUCCGUGUCCAGUGAGGGCGGGCAAGCAUUUACCCUGCCAAGAGACAAGGUUAUUCAGCCGUAUGCGUGUCUACACCCAGAUCGUCAGCGGCAAAGAGAGCUCUCGAGAACUAACGGCAAGCGAGAUAGAGAGGACAUAAUCGAAAGAGACCCGAAGCGGGCUAGGAAGGGCGAAUCACCGCGGGUAGCACCUGGAGAUAAGCCGACGCAAAAGGCUGGAGGCCCGGUAGAUGUCACAGACGUCGAUCAAACGCCUGACUUUGGGCACGACUUGGCUCUGGACGUGGAUGUCGAGGUGAAGCGGGAGCGGGAGCAGGACGAGGAGGUUGGAGCUGGGGAAUGGGCAGAAGAUGGAUCGGCCGCUGGUGGGAAGGUCUCAUCCGUGUUGGGGAUAUCGACCGAACCCCCUGCCGCGCUAUCAGAUACAGUCGCACCCACAUUACUCGACAUCACCCACCAAUCCCACGCCUUCGAAAUCCCCACCAACAAACCCCCAUCACUUGGCCUCAACCCCCCAUCUCCCACUGUCUCCACGCCCCUCUCCCUCGCCACCCAACUUAACGCCACCCUCAAAUCCCGCAACGCUUAUCUCGAAUCCAAAUGCCUCCAACUCGGCGACCUCCUCAAAUCAUCCAAUAAGCUCAUCCGCGCCAUGAAGAGCGACAUCGAGGCCGCCAAAGCUGUUGUUGAGCAGGUGGUCAAGGCGAAGGAUGUGAUGGAGAAGGUCGUGUGUGAGUUGCCGGAUGUGGGGGGGUUGUUGGUGGAUGUGAAGGGGGAGGUGAAGGAGGAGGGGGUGGUGUUGGUUGAGGGGAUUUAG